AUCUCCACCGUCCGUCUCGCAUCCCACGGCUCCCGCCUACGUCCGCGGCUCUCCCAUCCGCUUCAUGCAUUGAUCCAAAUGCCAACUAACCACCUGCGCGGUGCGCGCGCGCUCUCUAUCUGCUAUUCUGCUUUUCGUGCAGACGGGAGGGGAGAGCUGCACUGCACUGCACACAGAAUCACAGAUCACAGAUGUGGGCGCCGGGCUCGCCGGGGAGGCUGCCGGCGAUGGAGGAGUGCGGCGAGGACGAGGAGACGGACGUGGACGCGUACCACGGGGCGAUGGCCUCCUCCUGUUGGGGCCGUCUCGGCGCCGCCGCGCUGUGGCACAGGCUACGGCAGCAUCUCAGCCUCGUGCGCCGCCGCCGCCGCCAGCGCGGCCGCUCCCUCCUCGGCGCCGGUGGGCUCAACUACGACCCGCUCAGCUACGCGCAGAACUUCGACGACGGCUGCCUCUGCCUGGAAGAGCGCGAGCCGGACUUCAGCGCCAGGUUCGCGCCCGCGCGGCACGCCGCCGGCUCCCCGCGGCCCACGGCCGCGGCGCGUGACGUCGCGACCGCUUGACGGCGUAGCACAUGCAGUAGCCUUUACCACGUACCGCUCGCCGCAGCCGCGCGCCUUUGGAAGAGUGGCAAACUGGUAACUGCUCCACACGGCUUUUUUAGUUGGUAAAUGUACAUACGUGGUACACGGCUACACGCCGUAGUAGACGACGCGCGUGGAUGGAUGUAAGUAGGUUUGUUAUAGCGUAAUCUAGAUCUUCGCAUCGCAUCAAGCGAAAAAAGGUCUCUUUGCCGAUUUGCUGCCUUCAGCUGCAGCGUUCUUGCAGUUGCAGGGAUUAUUCUUGGGAGUUUUUGCUCGUAUUAUUGUACAUGUACACUUGCCAUUUGGCUGGGCUUCUGCACAUCACUUUGUCCUGAAUAAGCCUACCUCGUUCUCGUUCUUGUGGA